UUGAUUAGCUGGAAAAUUUUUGAUUGUAUACUUUUGCUUAAUCAGUGUAAUGAUAAUAAUGUAGAAGACGCAAAUUUGGAGUUAAUUUGGUUUGAAAUUUGAAAUUAAUUAAUUUUUUUGUGUGUGAAAAUGAUAAUUUGGAGAAAUUUCAUGUCGACUUACUAAUUUUUUAACUAUUUUUUCAUUUAAAUUUUUUUUUUCUAUUUUGGCCUAUAUUAUCCUGAUAUAGGAAGGAAGUCAUGGCGAGUCGAGUGAAGGAAGACGAGAGAAAUGAACGGAUAAUUCGAGGUCUUCUCAAACAACCGGAGAAUCGAAGAUGUAUUAACUGCAAUAGUUUGGGACCUCAAUAUGUUUGCACAAACUUCUGGACAUUUGUUUGCACCACCUGUAGUGGAAUACACCGGGAAUUCACACACAGAGUUAAAUCAGUAUCGAUGGCUAAAUUUACUUCUCAAGAAGUUACUGCUCUUCAAGAAGGUGGAAAUCAGCGCGCUAGAGAAAUCUAUAUGAAAGAAUGGGAUCCUCAGCGUAAUUCUGGUCCUGACAGCAGUAAUGUUGAGAGGCUUCGGGACUUCAUUAAGCAUGUCUACGAGGAUAGAAGAUACAGUGGAGAGAGAAACUAUGACAAGCCUCCACGAGGAAAGAUGGGUGAUAAGGAAGAUGUUUAUGGAAGUAGGAGGGCUGAUGGAUAUCGGGGAGGGUCUAGAAGUCCACCAUAUGAAGAUACCUAUGAUCGCCGAUACGGUGACAGGUCCAGUCCAGGGGGAAGAAAUGAUGACAGAAAUUCUAGAUAUGGUUAUGAUGAAAAGCGAAGUCCUGGAUAUGAUCAAGAAAGUCGACAAUAUGGUGAUUACAGAAGAAGCCCUGCUCGCCCUGAGGUUAUCAAUGACUGGCGCCGAGAAGAUAGAUUUGGUAAUGGGAGGAAACCUGAUGAUAAUAGAGUAUCUGAUGGAGAUCCCAAGUUAGAAGGGAGAUCACCUGAGCGGCCAAAAGAGUCAUCCAGUCCUCCAGUGGUUCGUCCUGUUAGAGAAAUUUUGGGUGAGAAUGUAAUACCCCUUCGUGUAAGUGAACCUCCAAAAGCAAAUAGCGACAGAACUGUCGAUGGCCCUCAGACGCAGAGAACCGCGUCUUCUAGCAGCUUAGGACAUUCCAGCGGUAAUCCAGUAGAAGCCAAGUUGGAGACAACUGGUAGCUUAAUUGAUUUUGAUGCUGAUCCUGAACCUCCAGUAGCUCCUAUGGUUACUCAGACACAACAAACUACCGCGACUCAAUCCAUUGUGCAGCCAACUUCUUCUACCAACGAGAACUGGGCCUCUUUCGAUGUUUCCCCCCAGACAAAUGUUUCUCAGACUUCUUCUAAUGUGAACACUUUGGACUCUGUUCUUUCUCAAUUGUCAGUUCCGGUAUCUGUACCUGGUCAUUUAUCAGGAGUACCUAGUGGUGUUGGUGGUCAGUUGCCUGCUCAUGCGGCCAAUAUGAAUAUGGCACCUUCCACUGCUGCAUUUACGGGACAGAUCCAAACAAUACCUUUUGGUGCUGGUGCUCCUGCAUCUGCACCAGUUGGCAAUUUCUCAACAUUGCCUCCUACUGGUCCUCUGGCGGCUGCUCCUGGACUAACGCAUACAGUGCCUGUCAGCAGUGGCAGUUCCCAGAUUGGUGUUAAUAAUGCUGGACAAUGGCCUAAUAUGCAGCACCAACAGACUCAUUUUUUCUCCACAGCUGGCGGUCAGACUAGCCAACAACUUAAUGGAGCCUCGACCAGUCAGCCAUGGAAUUUUGCUCCUUCCCCGCAUAUGCAGGGGCCUCAAGCUGUCUCAAAACCUUUCCAGGAUGUCACUUCUGCCAUUGCAUCACAGCGACCACCUACAGAAACAAAAGCAAGUGGAAGACAAGAACUACCUGCGGAUCUAUUUACUGCAACCUAUCCUACCUAUCCUGCACCUACACCAGGAUGGCAAAUGGCCCCGCCUCGUGGCAUGGGGUUCACCAUGCAAUAUCAUACUGCAGCGCCACUGUCUGCUUUUCCACAGUUAUCAAGGUCGAUAAACCCAUUUGAUCUUGGUGGUGAAGCACCUCGGGCUCAAACGCAAACACCCCUUUCUAUGGCUUCCUUACAAGGUGCCCUACCAAAUUUGCCACCUGCUUCUGGCCUAUUACGCACUUCAAGCCGCGGUACACCAUCAUCAGCAUGGAUGCCAUCUCAAUCUUUACCUUAUGCGUCGGGAAUGCCAUCGCAGUCACUGCCCUAUGCUUCAGCAUUGCCACAAAGGCCAUACUUGGGAGCUCAAUUGCCCGAUAACUUGCCGUCGUCGAGCCAUCAAGCCGGAGGCAUUGGCAGCGAAUCAUCCUACGGUUUCAUAACUACUGACCAACACGUGGCCGGUAGAUUCUCGGCACCGGCUACCCCACAGCCUUUCUCUUCUGUCGGUGGGGGCAACCCAUUCGGCUGAACAUAAAAGAACAAAGGCACCCCAAAGCCCAUUUUCGGUUAAGUAUCGUACCGUUGCUACCUGUUUAAUUGAUGAUUGGAAAGUUUCGGUUAUAGUUUAAAUUGAUAUUCCGUGUUCAUGCAUCUUGUGUUAGUCGUAUUUUUAUCAAGUUAGGUGUAAAUUUUGACACGUUAAUAAUUUGUGUUAUACAGUUCGAUAUUAUAGUUUGUAUAUCAUGUAAUCUUAUGGUGUUUAGAGGAAUUAAGGUUUCCUUUUAAUUGAGUGAAUAUUAUUUUGUGACAUCUGUAAUGUAAUAUUGAAAUUAUUAUUUGAA